CUAUUUUAAAACAUCUUUUAUGUAUAUAGAUGUUCUAUAUGCAUCGUGUGUGUGUGUGUAUAUGUGUGUAUAUGUGUGUGCAUACAUAUAUGAGUAUGAAUUAAAUAGCUGUGGCGCGCGCAUCGCCCUGUAUUUAUUUGGUACGAACCUAACCUCACCUAACCUCGCAGGACCAGCGCAGGAUAACAUGACGAGAAAUGGUGCGAUAGCUUAUCGUUGAGGGUUUAAAAGUUCUUUUAAUCAAAAUGUCGAAACGAAACAGCGACUAUGUGGUCACGGAGCACCGUGAUUUACAGGCUAACACUAUGGCAGUGGAUGCGACCGGUAACUACGUCCUUCUGGCCGGACGCAGAUAUUUAGCAGUGAAACAUCUGGAUGAGGAUGUGAACACAGUGAAGAAGUUUCAGCGACAGAGUAAAUAUGAGGUUGGCUCUGCCGAAUGGAAUCCAUGUGACUUGAAUUGCCACUUGUGUGCUAUUUCUAGCAAUACACGAAUUGAAAUAUUGAAUUUCAAUGGUGCAGGAGGGUACGAAUUACAAACUACACAGAGCCUGAAAGCCCACACGCGGGUGGUCAGCGAUCUGAACUGGCAUCCCAAGGAGCCAGAUAUUAUUGCUUCUUGUAGCAUCGACACAUUUAUACAUAUCUGGGACAUACGAGAUCAAAGAAAACCAUGCUUGUCUUUGUCUGCAGUUGCGGGAUCGUCUCAAGUACGUUGGAAUCCAUUGUCAUCCCACACCUUGGCUACUGCACAUGAUGGAGAUGUCAAGAUAUGGGACCAGCGAAAGGCAGCGAGCCCUGUGCAGUAUAUAACAGCCCAUCUGACAAAAAUACAUGGUUUAGAUUGGUGUCCUUUUCAACAAAAUCAAUUGGCAACCUCGAGUCAAGACUGUACCGUCAAGAUCUUCGAUAUUGUCAAUCCGCGCAGGGCUGAGAGUAUCUUGACGACUAAUUCUCCUGUGUGGAGAGCAAGAUACACACCCUUUGGGGAAGGUUUAGUGACGAUAGUGGUGCCGCAAUUACGACGUGGAGAAAAUAGUCUUUUAUUGUGGAACACGUCAAACUUCAGCACGCCGAUAUAUACGUUCGUAGGCCAUACGGAUGUCGUACUGGAGUUUCAAUGGCGUCAUCAAAAAUUAGAAAAUAGCGAAUUUGAACUUGUUACAUGGUCCAAAGAUCAGUGUCUGAGGAUUUUUAAAAUUAGUCCUUUUAUAAAGAAAUUAUGCAGCAACGGUAUGGAUGAUGGCCUGUCAGUCUACAGCCAGUAUUCUGAAGAGAGUAAUCUAAGAACUCUGCAGUCCGUUCAAGAACUGCAGCUGAACACUUCUCAGAGCGAACCUGAGAUCAAUUACAUUACAACCAAAGUGGACGAGCCUGUGCCGCAGUCUGAAACGAUCAGCCUGCCAGACAAUUCUAAAAAAGUUUCAUCUCCUACACAACCAAAGAGUUUGCAGCAAGAAUUUUCCCUGAUAAAUAUGAAUAUACCAAAUAUAGAGGUAAACGCGAUGGAUGUGGUGGAGAGGAGUUGUACGAUAACUGCGUGUACAAAGAACUAUAAUGUGAUAUUAAAAGUAAAUUUCCCUGUGAAUUAUCCGUGCAGUGCACAACCGACAUUCCAAUUCUGCCCCGGCACGACAAUCGACAACGCAAUGAUGACGAAGCUGCUGAAGGUUCUUGUGCAGACCGCUCAGUAUCGCGUCAAAAAGAAUAGAUCGUGCCUGGAGCCGUGUCUCCGACAACUGAAUAUAACUUUAGAGCAAAUGUGCAAAAAGGACGAAGAUGAGAGCAAUCAUUUGGUGUACCACAUGCAAGAUAACAGCAAUUUUCUAAACUCUGCUAAUAUCUGCGCGAAUUAUCAAGAUUCGUAUAUACCAUUCCCUAGAACAUCCGGUGCCAAAUUUUGUUGCGUAGGUAUUCUUGUUUGUUUUGGACGUCCUUCUUACACGAGAAGAUCAUCGAUGAAACCGGGAGACGCGACACCCAGAGCAUUGUCCGCUUUGGACAAUAGCAUCGGUAACGGCGAACCUUUCAUUAUGUACCGAAGUUCUUAUGUGCCAACUAAUGAUAACAUAUCUAUCAGCUCGUACUACUUUCAAGAUCGUAAGGAUCUCCGACGUGGAUUACAUGGUACGAGUAGAAUGCACGAUCGAUCGUAUUUCAAGAAUUGUCACCCGAUGGUUAUGAUAUAUGACGUUUCACCAUUAUUCUUUGUCAAUAAGGAACUCGCCGAAAAGUACACAAUCAACACUGCUGAUAUUUCGGCCAUGUAUCAGCAUAAUGCAAAUGUGGCUGCUGCACUGGAAAGGCCUGACUUAAUUCAGACUUGGUGCUUAGCUGGUUUAAUUAUUUCACAGUCACCAUCCAAUACUGAGCAGAACUCUAGCCAGUCAGGUCAUUCUCCUGAUAUCAAUGUUCCAUGGCCUCUCCAUCCUUGGGGGCAAAACUUAAUUCAUUUCUUAAUACAGCAUUACGCUAAGCAGUCUGACGUUCAGAUGGCUGGCAUGCUGAGCUGUGCACUUAGCUAUCGAUCUGAGAACACGGACGCUUCGCAAACUAGGCUGACUAGUAAAUCCGUGAACGUUAGUCCCGGCGGUUCGCCUUAUCACACGAUACAUCUAGCAGAUAUCACAGAAGGAUGGAAUUUCCAAAAUUUGAAACAACACCGUUCAAAUUCAUGGUCAGAGUCGUUGGAUGAUUUAAAAGUCAUUCAAGGCAGCUUUGGGGACUCGGCAAAAAACAUUAAAUUGUUUGACGAGAAAUACACGGCGUUAUACGACGGUUACAAGAAAGCAUACGCCGAGGCGUUGCACAGAUGGGAGCUAUUGGACGCUCGCGCGCAGGUAUUGAAACACUUGAGUGCGUCCUCGUUCGACGUGCAAAAGGACGUCGAAUUGCAGAAUGAAUGUCGGAUCUGCGGCAAGAUUAGUCCAGGUCCGCAAUGCGCUAACUGCAAGGGGUUGAGCUUCCAAUGUAUUGUUUGUCAUGUUACAGUUAGAGGUGCAAGUAACUCUUGUAUGUUUUGCGGUCAUGGUGGACACAUUGAGCACUUAGCGGCGUGGUUCGCUAAAGAGGCAGUAUGUCCCACGGGUUGCGGCUGUCAUUGCUUGCAGGAAAAUUCAAUGCUAUUUAAAAUGUAGGUAAUGUAGAUGAAAUUUGUACCUAAUCAUGAUCUGUGAUAGUUAAUAUUACGAGAAAAGAAUAAAUUUCUUUUUAUUUUACGUAAUGUUAAGAACUUUAUGUAGAAUAUUCCGACAGCGAAAAAUUAAUAAAUCAAAGAUA